AUGCAUCUGACUCAUAUUUCCGUCGUUUUGCCUUCGUCAGCUGAAGAGAAACCUGUCGAAGAAGAAGAAGCUCCUGUUGAAGCAGAAGAUAAAGGCGACGCACCUGAAACAGAAGCUGAUCCUCCUACUGAAGAGACUGACGUUACUGGUAAAGAAAUCAAGCCAGAAGAAGCUACAGUUGAAGUAGAAAAAGAACCAGCGCCAGAGAGUCCAGACCAAGAAGAAACGGCCCAAGAGGAACCGGCCCAAAAAGAACCAGCGCCAGAGAGUCCAGACCAAGAAGAAACGGCCCAAGAGGAACCGGCCCAAAAAGAACCAGCGCCAGAGAGUGCAGACCAAGAAGAACUGGACCAAAAGGAACCAGACCAAGACCUCGGUGUCGUCGCAGAGGAGCCAGUGGAGACCGAUGAAAGAGCGAAAGUUCAAUCUAGAGGAUUAGAUCUUUCUGAUGCUCUCGGUGAAGACACAGACGAGGGUGAGACCGGAGAUGCAGACAAGCAGAGCGCAGACCAGGGCAAAGCUCGCAGUGCAGGAGCCGCUUCUGGCCCAAAAGACAGUGGAUCCGGUACGGUUGUUGGCGUCGUCUGUGGGAUUGCAGUAGCAGCUGUUGGUGCCAUAACCGGAUACUUCACCUAUCAGAAGAAGAAACUGUGCUUCAAGGUCCAGAGAGGCGACCCAGAGAGCGCCAAAGAAGAGAACGGCACUCAGAGCGACCCACAGGUUUCAAGCACUCUCCUGGAUUCACCCGAACUCCAUCAGUGACCGCGGGUCUGCAGGCGGAGGAUUCCCAUGAAGCUACUGUGAACCGCUGCACAU